CGUUUGAGACAUUAAGCUGGUUGCAUGUCUUUUGGGAGACGGGUCGUCAAGUCGUCCGUGUGUGCGGUUUACGGUGUGUCGGUUUUUUUUUACGGGACGAGAGCUCGCGCUUCUAUGUUCGUACCAGCGGCCGUGUAGAAAGCGUACCCGGAAACAUUACCGCGUGCGUGCCUGUGCGUGCGUGUGCAUGUGAAUAAGCCGUACCCUGUCAGUGCUGGUUCUAGUGUCCGCAACGUCACGCACUUACAUCUAUGCCAUACGGCGGUGCAGCGGCCAGCAAGAGCGAAAGAAAGAGAGAGAGAGUAAGCGAGUGUGCAAAUAGUGGAAAAAGUUUAAAGAAAAGUUGCUAAACAUCCUACCAUCAUCCGAUCGCGGUAGAAGUCGAGGUACACAAGUCCUACGUUCGGCACUUUCCAUCAGCAAACGAUCCUAAGGACACCGCGUCCGUUAGUGUUUUGUUUUCAGUUGCCCAGCACUGGGUCUACUUGUUUUGCGUUUGUUUAUUAGUGGAAGUAACGAGUCGGCCAGUGCAUUGUUAUUGUAUCCGUCUCUGUGUGUGUGUGCGUGUGUGUAGUCACGAGCACUUCCUCGCUAGUACGCUCCAGGAUCUCCGAUCGACUACACGAUCAGUUGUGUGGCGUUACACUUCCGCAUCCGACAGCGACGAUUCGAUUAUCCAACAAUCCGGCAGCUGCGGCAACCAUCAAUCAAAGGAAACCAGUGACCCGAGUGAUCGAAUUAUAUCACCCACAGGCACAAAAGUACACACUCGAAGGUUCCGUGUGCGGAACUUAAUUACGACGUUUCGGCCAUUGUUUACCAAUCAUAUUGACAAUCAAAAUCAGCAGCAUCCAGCCCACGACUGCACGGCAUCGGUGGCGUGUUGUGAGCCGUUACGGACAGCCAGGACACUAUCAAACUCACAGCUGUACCACGAGAAAAACGGAAGGAUCUGGGUGUGUGUGUGUGUGUGUGUGUGGUGGGGCGUUAUUGACAUACGUGCUGAGGGUUGCUGUACGGACGUGUGUGCGUGGAUUUAAUUAACCCUCGAAUAUCGCACGCGUCCUCUAUAGCCUGGGAAACGUUGAUAGUUGGGCCUAAACGGCUGGACGCGCGCGCUCGGUAUCGAUACGGUGCGUGUGUAUGCAAGCGUGUGCCUACAUUCAGGCGCAGCGUACUAACUGUCAGGAUAACAAACAACGGAGCGAUCGCAAGCGAUUGAUGUGAUUUAUGCUAGCAGAUUAGCUCCAGCAGUGUGUGUGUGUGUGAGUGGAAGGCAUAGAUUUAGAUGUACAUAGGCGGGAGCUAGCACCCCGCUGCUAGCCGUACAUGCCUGCCUAAGGACAUUUGCCAGUGAGGACACACACUCACACAGACGCCUAGGAGGCUGGUGAGGAGGCGUUUGUGGUGAUGAUCGGCAGGAUUAACGCGCAACAACUGCUGCCUUCUACACGACGAGUGUCCGCGUGUGUGUGUGUGUGUUGGUGCGCGUGUCCAACCCGUGUUUGUGUGUAUGCGCGCGCGCUUCAAUGAGUGUGUUGCGUGUGUGAGGUGGGUGCGUUGACUGUUAUCCCAGCACGCCCUCAACAUCCUCAGUCCAGAAAGUGUGCAAGGGGUCACCAUCGUCCAAGUUGCAGCCAGGGACUUGCCAAUCAACCUCAAGGACCAGCCAAACUCCAUCAAACCCGUUUGCGGGAAGAAUUCUAACGCAAAGAAAAAAGCGACAAAGAGCAUCGAAGGAACCAUCACGUGCGUCACCAGCAAUCAUAUCAGCUACAUCCAAUGCAUCUACCGGCGGCAACCAGCAGCGACUGCCAAAGCCCUUCGAUGCCGACCACAAUCAAUGACAUGUUUGCCAACCUGCACGAGAUGCUGCAGGAGUAUCACGGCGAGCUGGUCCAGACCGGCUCACCGGCGGUGCUCUGCUCCGCCCUGCCGACGCACUGGCGCUCGAACAAGAGCUUACCGUGCGCGUUCAAGGUGAUCGCACUCGACGACAUCCAGGACGGUACGCUCGUCACGAUCAAGGCGGGCAACGACGAGAACUACCAUGCGGAGCUGCGGAACGCGACCGCCGUCAUGAAGAACCAGGUGGCGAAGUUUAACGAUUUGCGCUUCGUCGGACGUUCGGGGCGUGGGAAAUCGUUCUCGAUUACCAUCACGAUCAGCUCGUACCCGUGCCAAAUCGCGACCUACACGAAGGCGAUCAAGGUGACGGUGGACGGACCGCGUGAACCACGAUCAAAACAAAUAGAUUUCGCCUACGGACAUCCGGGUGCAUUUAAUCCCUUCAUCCUGAACGCCGGUUGGCUUGAUGCGGCCUACAUGAACUACGCCUGGUCCGACUACUUCCGUCAGCAUCAGCAGCAGCAAGCGAUCCAGGUGCCGCCCCCGUCCGCUGGUCCACAACAGACUUCGCUCGGAUGCCAUGACAAAGUAAGCAGCGGUACGAUAGGUAAUGGACAUCUGCUCGGCAGUGCCACCGCUACGACCGCUGCCGUGAUGACCGAUCCGACGACCGAGCUAGUGUCGCUCCGUUCGCCAACCAGCCAAACAGUGCCUGCCCCGACCGUGGCCACCGGUGUCGUCCCGCCACCGAACGGUCUCCCCACACCGGCGCUACUCGCCAGCCCUGCCUCCACCUACCCGCCCGGAGCGAUCUCCUCAUUCGCGGUUCACGCGGACCAGCAGCUGGUCAAGUCACCCUUUUUGCCUUACGACAUAGCCGCCUUUCGCUCGACGGCCGCGGCCGCAGCAGCGGCAGCCGCCGCCGCCGCCACCAACGGUACCCUGCGCCCUGCCCAGCUGUCCGCCACCAUCACCCUGCACCAGUCGGCGAGCGUCGAUUCGGCUUCGUCGCGCCUUUCGCCCGCCUCGUCCCGCAACUCGAACGCCAGUCCGCCUCCACCUCCACCUGCCCUGUCGACGGCGGCAGCCGCCGCAGCCGUAGCAGCGGCCGCCGCUGCCUCCUUGCCGCCCGGACUGCUGCACACGGCGAAGGGUGCCAACCACGCAACGCACCAUCACCACCAGCACCAUCAUCACCAUCUGCACAACCACCACAACCUUCAGCAGCCACGGUUGGCAGGGCUAGGGCCGCAGCCGGGAUCGCUGUCCGCCGGCGGCUCGGUACCGGGCGUCAGCAGCAGCAGCAUCGGCAAUGACACCAGCAACGGCGAUCUGUCGUCCGCGAACGAGGACGAAUCGGACGACGAGCAGAUCGACGUGGUCAAGUCCGCCUUCAUUCCGAUCCUGCGGCCGCCGGCGGCACCGUCCGCCGAGACGACCGCCUCCGGCAGCACCGGCACCCGGGAAAAUUCGCCCGACAUCUGCGAAAAGCCCGAAACGCCCGAUUCUACCACCGCACCCACCACGACCACCGCCGCCGCUGCCGGUGGUCCUACUUCGCCGCCCCGGUUCGGGCUCCGGUGUGAUCUGAAGGCGCUGUCCACGAAAAAGCAGAUCCUGCACGAAUCCGCACCCGGCCUGGUGUGCAUCAAACAGCAGCAGCAGCAGCAACAACAACCAACGCCACAGCUAGAAUCGCCCGAGCGUACGAAGCUCCGGUCGCCCAAUCUGAUCAAGCAGACGCAGAAGACGGUCUGGCGACCUUACUGAAGUCGGCGCAAACCACUGGUCGGAGUGCGGCUAGGCAGACGUUCGACCACCACCCGCACGCUACCGGAGAGGAUUAACGGAUAAUGAAAAACCCCCACUGAGCAUGGAAGCUUUUUUUGUAUAAUUAAAAUGGUGAUAUUAAAGUUAAAGUACGGAGGGCAAAUUGGGAGAUUGAGAGGAAGUGAGAAAACCCACACACACACAAUGGAAGAAAUUACAGGUAUGAGGUGCAAGAGAUAGAGAGAUAUGUAUACAGAGAUGGAGCGAUAGAGAGAGAGAGGGAGAGAGAGAGAGAGAGAUAGUAACAGAUUGCUGAUAGAGUUGAGAUAUGUAUUGGUGAUUUAGAAUUAACAUAUUUCUAUGGACAGAACCCAUUAUAGGUGAGGAGGACCCAACCUGCGCGAGAUGUCUUCGGUCUGGGUGAGGAUGACUUGCGAUGACCUUUGGCCAUGUCCAGGGUUGCAAAGUUGCAGAAGUAGCAAUGUAAACAUCAAAUCAGUACCGUGUCCGUAACGCACACCGGGAGGACACUACCGUAUCCUUCAGGGGUUUUUUUUUGUCCUGUUGUUCCUGGCCCAAAUAUCUGCCGAGUGUGGAAGGGUUCUGCGAAUUCUAAGCCAUUAACUUCGAAAAAUCGCAAAACCCUUCUCACAUAUUUCCCACGCACACACACACUCACACCCAUACAUACACACGUACAAAUUCGUCCUAUUUACACACACACACACACACACACAGACCUACACUCAAGGAUACACAGAUCUGUUGUACAUACCAAAGUGUAACUUACAUUUUAUUCAGCACCAAACAAAACAAAAAAAAUGGACGCUUGGACGAAACCUCCAAACAUGUGUAAAUCGGUAAUUUCUGUAUGUGUGCAAGCAUGUGUGUGUGCGUGUGUGAUUGAAAAUGGAUGCAUAGGUGGCCCUGCAAUACUGCGAACUAAUCGAUUUGUGUAGCGGGCAAACAGCAGCAGCAAAUAGUAACCGGAAGCGGGAAUUGUAAUGGCGGAUGUGUAUAGCGAAAAACAAAACGUGGGAGAAGAAACAUAGCAAAAAACAAGGGGGGAUAAACGUGUUAGUAAUGGUGACAGGUAAUUAAUCUACUUAGAACAGGAAUUCCAGGCAUAUAUGAGUAUGAAUAUAUUAUAUAUUAUAUAUAUAUAUAUAUUAAAUAGUAAGUACAAAUCUUUUUAUUUUUAUUUUUGAAUUAUUCAUCUACAAGGCCUCACAAGUUGGAGAGCGUGAGAAAUUGAGGGUUUUCAAUCGUCAAGGUGUCGCAGUGUGAAGGUCCGAGAGUUCGAAUGAUCUUCGACCAAAAUCAGCGAAUUUUACCAACUUGGGAAAAAAUGGGAUAAACAAUGCGAAGUAUGUCAGUGGGAAGUCGCCGAUCGUGUAGACACUCUUCAAAGAAAAGGUUUGAGAGCCUUUACUUCCUCUCUUUCGAAUUUUGUUACAAGUAUGUACUACUGAAGUCUUUCCUGUCUCUUACCCUUGAAUUCUGUGGUCUCCCUUUCAAGAUCCUUGGAUUAUCUGGAGAUUGUCUUGAAUUUACUCUGAGUAUCUAGGAUAUAUGUACAUCUACAUCUACAGCUUCGCCUUCCUCAUGUUUUGAUGCGUUGGUCGAACUCCCUCGACACACCGGAAGGACUCCGAAAACCCCAAACUUCUUAAUGAUUCUUCUGUCCCGACAUCAUCUGGGAUGUGCCUUCUGGGACUACUAACAAUGACCUGACUUCUGCAUCCAGAUGCAAGAAGAAGCAUCCGGAUGAUCCGGGGAGAGUCUGGAAACGUCUCUGAGCGGUUAGGAUUGUAUGUACAGCUACAUGUACAGCUUCUCCUUCGGGCUCAGUUUUCUCUUCGCGCAAGGAACCACACGCACGGUUCUACGGAACUUCCGAACGUCUAAGGCUUGCCUAAUGAUUCCUCUGUCUCGUCGCCAUCUGUGAUGCCUCUGCUGGGAGCGUUUAACGGAUGCGAGAGGAUGGGAAGGAGGAAAACGGCUCCACACCAAGCUACCAACCCACCAAAGGUGGCACAUAAAUCAUUAACACAUGCAACAGCUUUCAUUAAAAGCAUGCGCCAUGAUUCUUCCUACCGAUCGGUAGCAAGGGGGUAGGUGAGAGAGAUGCGUAGGUGAGGUGAGAAUUUUCAUUUGCAAGAUGAAAGGGGUGCUCGCACACACACACACACCAAUCCAAACGUAUGAUAAUGGUGGUAGAAAUGAGGUGCCAAGAAUUGCGUCGCACGGUUUUUUCGGUCUUUGGGCCGACUUAGGGCUGAGCAAAAGUAAAAAAAAAACUCUCCCCAUUUGUUGUCACCCAUUGUUUGGUUGCUAUUUUGCACCGUGCUUAAGGGGGAAAAGGAGGAAAAAGAAAGGAGGGAGGGGGAGUAUGAAAAGGAUUUGCUAAUAGGUGCCGUAUUUGAAGAAAACUGUGCUGGCCCUUUUUAGCCGCUCUAACCCCAUUUUUUCCCAACACUGUGGAAAAUGGAAAGGUGCUGGAAAGCGAGUUCCAGGUGGAAAACGGGUGGAAAUUUUAAAAUAUGGAUUAAACAGAUCAGCGAAAAAAGAGGCUUCUGCACUUACAUGAAUUUAUCGAAGUGGUUCAUUUCGGUUCAUUUCGAUUCACUCCACAGAUUCACACACCUUCAUGUGGCAAGCGAGUUUUCAUUUUUAUUUUAUUUUGCCUUGUGUUUUGGUCGUACAGACUUGAAUUUUCCUACCCGAUUUUUCCGUAAAGAAAAUGCUACCAGUGUGCUAUGGAUGGUAGUGUAGCGAAGCGCGGCUUUAUUUCUGAUUUUUGUUAUAAAUUUGUCUCUCUCGCUCGCUCUGUCUCACACACUGCUCUGGGUCGCAUUCUCCUGCUCGCUCUGCUCGCACUCGACGGACAUGCGCAUUUUUCUACUCUAGCGUUACGAGAGGAAAAAGAAAAGCAUGGUUCGUCCUUUUUGGCAUGAUUUUUCCGACGAUUCUUUUUUGUCGACGUGGUGAAUCUUGCCGCUCAUGUUUUCAGUUUUAAUUUCCGUGUGCUGCUCCUUUUUUUCCUUCUCUUUGUAUUUAUCUCUCGCUCGCUCUCUCUCUCUCUCUCUCUCUCGGUUUAUUGCUCUAUCCACACACACACCCACAAAUGUUCAUAUAGGAGUGAGGUGAAUCAAAAAGGCGAAUAAAUGAUGGUGAUUA